CCACGCCAUCGUGCCCAGUGAUGACCUUAUCCUGUCCGGUGACACGUCUGUUCACAGCCUCUGUCACACACACACACCUCCUCACUGCCUCGCAGCCAAUCCUCUCCACCAAUCACAUCCUUUUGUUGGCUUGAGGAUGAGGAGGAUUUGAAGAUGAAGGUGCCUAUUUAUCAGCUCAGCUCAUCAUGAUACCCUUCAGCUCCCGCACCUCCUACAUCCCGAUUGGUUAGGGUUUCUUAUAGUUUGGGGAUUUUUGCAGCACCGCACAUCUCCAGCGUUGAAAGCAGAGUCCGGGAACGUAAGAGCUGAGUUGUUCUGUCUGCGGUUCGAGGCGGAGAUGUUUCGCUCUCAGGUGCUUCUCGUGGCUCUGGGUUUGUCUGUGCUGCUGGUGCGGGUGAGCACGGCUCCAUACAGCGACAUGCUGACAGAAACACUGAGAGCAGACCUCACAAAUGACAAGGAUCUGACUCACUGGCUCUUGCUGAAGUUCAUGGCUGAACUGAUGGCGGCGAGAGGAGACGAGACGCGGCGAGGCAGGGAGGAGGUGACGAGGCGACACCUCUCUCUGUCCCAACGAGAGCGCAAAGCAGGCUGCCGCAACUUCUUCUGGAAGACUUUCACCUCCUGUUAACAGCAGGAGUAUCUUUUGUUUUUACGGAUCAGCCGACGCAUGUUUGCUUUCUUUGUGGUAACCGGAUUAUUUACCGUAAGAUAACAAAUGUGCAGAUACUUUAAGUUUAAAGACUAAUAAAAUUAUAUGUUUCAAGACCGGCAGGUACACACUUCUGAAAUAAAUUUUCUGAUUUUAAAUUCUUGCUUUUCUGUGAAGCUGGUACCGAUGAUCCCGAUUCUGUCUGCAUCAAACCCCAGCUUUCCUGGAUCCUACAUUUCCCACAAUGCAAGUUGAUAUCAUCUUUUGGUAAUGUGUUUUUGUUUUUUUCUUACUUUUGAACACAGUGCAGCAGAUAGCAUUAGAGGGAAAUCAUUCACAGAUAGAUACAAGUUACUUUUUUGAUAAAGCCAUUUGAAAACAUGAGUGACUGGCUCAGCUUGCAAUGUAAAAAGCAUUAUAUAAAUCACAGAUAACACUGAUUAACCUGGCGAAUGUAACGAAUACCUGGGCAGCACCAUUACGCAGAAGACGUGGGAGCGUCAAACUGAUAUCAAAGGUGCGUCUACUGAAUAUUUCAGAUGAAUCUCUGUGACCUCAAACUCAAGGUCAAAGGUCAAGUUGUCUAAAAAUUUUGUGAAUGUGAUGAUUUGAGAAGUCACUGAGGUGUAGCACUGAUGGUUGUUUUAAAAGAUUGUUUUAGUUAUCAGCAGCACUUGAUGGUGUUUGUUAAAAUGCCAGAAUCACCUCUUUGCUAACGUUUUAACCACCGAGCUCCAACUCAGCACUUUAAACUGAAUCCACAACAAGGAUCGUAAUCCGUGACUGAAAAGGAGAGAAAACUCCAAGAUCCAAGGAGCGUGACGCAUGCUGGCGUGAUUCAGUGUGUUGAGUGAGUUGCGAGCACUGUGAAAUGUUUAAAAAAAAAAAAAAACAGAUUAGCACAUCACGAGAUAAAUGAAGAGAUGCCGACGAC